CGCAUUACAAGGCCGCGGUGAAGGCUUGACCUGCGUCCAAACUUUAAACAAACGUAACUUUGUGCUUAGUUAUCCGAUAGUAGCCAAAUUGUUUUUGAUUCCGCAUAAUUUUUUGAGAUCUUGCAGACCGCAAACCGCCAUUUGGUCCCCCAUUCGUCCCGAAAAAACGUCGUUUGCUACCCCGAACGAGCCUUUUUUCAAUUUCGUCAAACUUUGAACGACCAUAACUUUGUGCUCCACAAUCCGAAAAUCAUGAAUUAUUUUUUAGUUCACAUAACUUUUUUAAGGACUACAAUUUUUAUCAUAGACAUAAUUUCGGAAUGUACUUGGAUUCCUGAAAUGGGAAGGUAAAGUUAUUCCCAAAAUUCCGUAUAUCCAAAAAUAAUUCGUUUUUUGAAAAUUCUCUCCUUCUAAAAAUUGUAGUCCUUAAAUAGUUAUGUGAAAUAAAAAAAACAUUCAUGAUUUUCGGAUUGUGGAGCACAAAGUUAUGGUCGUUCAAAGUUUGACGAAAUCGAAAAAAGGCUCGUUCGGGGUAGCAAACGACGUUUUUUUGCAAGACCUCGAAAAAUUAUGCGGAAUAAAAAAAUUUCGCUACGAACGGAUAACCGAGCACAAAAUUACGUUAGUUUAAAGUUUCGACGCAGGUCAGGCUUCAUCACGGCCUUGUAACGCGGUGAAUGCUUCACCGCCUUUCUCUACGGGGAUGUUGCAAUCACCGCAUUUCUUUACAGCGGUGAUGCAAUUCACCGCUCUCCUCUCGUGCGGUGAUGCAAUUAUCGCCUUACUCUGCCGCGAUGAAGGCCCAAACAUGUGUAGAUUGAAAUUUUUUUUUAAAAACAUGUGUAACUUUGGAUUUUUUUCCUACUUAUCCCUCUCAUCAUUAAAGAGUGCAAUACAGAUUCCCAUUUGGUGGAAAAACCCUUCCUGCCAUGUGAAUCCUACUACUAUCCAGCAGCACAGCCGGUUUACUUCUUACGGUCCCUACCUUUGAUUAAGUCUAAUAAUUAAUAAGUGCUGCAUUAACAAAUAUCUGGCGAAUGCAUGGCCAGACAAGAAAGGACAGCAGCAGACAUGCCCCUGACCUCGACUCCCUCGUCACUUAUUCUUCUCCAGAGUAAUUUUAACUAUUGACUGAGCUUCGUAAUCCCUCUGUUUUCAUUUCUUUAACCCUUCCCCUUACCACCUGGUUGGCUUCAAUCUGCCAUCUCCCUUUUCUCAAAAUUUAUCCAUUGGAGUUUUUCCAGGCUGCUUAACUUAGCUUUUCCAUUUCGUGUUGAUCUCCCGCCCAAUUGUCCCUUUUUUAUUUGGCAGGAAAGCAGAAGUUCUAAAAAGCACUGCAAAAGUAGUGAGAAGAAGAUAAAAAGAUACAGAGAGCAAAGGAAAGGAGGCAGGGGGUGGGUAAUGGGAACAUACCAUGAUCCCCCCAUUUCCCAUUUCCCCCCCAAAUCCUUCGUCAGAAAGUAACCAUCUUCCCCACUUUAACCCUAUCUGAUGUGUCCUUAUCAUAUCAUCCUCAAGGAGAAGAAAAAUCAACAGAGAGAGAGAGAAAGCAAAAGCAGGGCAGCAAAACCCUUCUCCACUUUCCCCACCUUCUCUCCCUUUACUGUGAUGGAGCUGGUUAAGCACACCUAAAGCCACAAACCCAACUCAAUAAGAACUCCCCAUUUCAGCUCUGUGGAAAAACUCUUACUCCCACUCCCUCACAAGCCCUCUCCCAACCUCAACAAUGGUCGCAUCGCCGCCUUCCCUCUGCUUCAUAUCCUUCUUCCUCUGCUCCUUCCUCCUCUUCCUUCCAUCCUCCGGGGCAGUUAACGUUCUGGGUUUGCCGUACAACAAUGGCGGAGCAAACUCUGCAGCAGCAGUUCGAGUUUUCCUCUCAGAUCACACCGCCGUGUCUCCUCCCUCCGCCAUUGCAGGACGAUUAGCUCGGAUCUACGCUCAAAUCAACCUUCUGAUUCCUUCCUUUUCUUCCCGAAGGGAGCUGGCUGAAACUGGGACAGCUAAUUCGGUGAAGGAAGGAGUUACUCUUCCUAUGCCGACCAUAAUCACUGUCCCAGCUACAAACCCUGCUACCCUAACCCCCACAAAUCCCACUACCACUCUCCCCAUCCCCUCUGUCACACCACCCAUCACCGUCCCUCCCGCUAACCCUACCGGCGGAGGAGGGGUUUCUCCCGUGCCGAUCACUAACCCGACAACAACUCCCACUCCACCAGCUGCUACAAUUCCAGGGGCUGGGGCAGGGGGGCAACCGCCGGUGACCAAUCCUGCCACCUCAUACACUCCUCCUGCUGCCGGCGGCGGCGCCGUUGGUGGUGGUGUUACUCCUCCACCUGCUAUGACAAAUCCUGUUGCGCCGCCUGCUGGUGGUGGCGGGAAUGUGCCGGCGGUUCAAGGGCAGAGCUGGUGUGUGGCGAAGUCGGGGGUUUCGGAGGCGGCUCUGCAGGCUGCUCUGGAUUAUGCUUGCGGAAUGGGUGGUGCUGAUUGCUCACAAAUCCAGCAGGGUUCGGGCUGCUAUAACCCCAACACGCUUCAGAACCAUGCUUCUUUUGCGUUCAAUAGCUAUUACCAAAAGAGCCCUACGGCCACCAGCUGUGAUUUUGGAGGCGCCGCUGCUGUCGUUAGUAGCAACCCAAGUUCUGGCACCUGCGUCUAUCCGUCGUCCUCUUCGUCAUCGUCGACACCACCAUCCUCGUCGUCUCCUCCAGCCACGACAUCAGGAACCCCUCCAUUAACACCUUCAGUUCCAAUGUCACCAACAUCAAGUGGAAUUCCAGUCACGAAUCCUGCCACAACUAAUUCAUCUCCUCCUGCAGGGAUGGGGACAACAGGCACUACUGUCACUCCACCGUCGGUGUUGAACUCGAGCAGCCCUGGUGGUGCCACGCCAAGCAUUUUCGGGACCGACAUCCCACCUGGAGUGAACCCGAGUCCAAUGGACGGCUCCCAUUCGUUUGUGUCGAAACCGUUCCUUGGAUUCGUGGUACUGGCUGCAUCCUUCAUCGCAGGAGUAGUCGUUUUUGACAUGUAGAGUUGAUCCACACUAGCUUCAUUCAGUGGAUGAACUCGAACAAGUUCCCUCGUAGUGUACAGAUCGAAGUUGUAGUUUGCAUGGACGAUGGCGGAUGGAGUUGUACCCACGAGGGCUAUGCUUACUACAGGAUGCUAUUGGCCGUUGCUAGCUAGCUAGCUUGCUCUUGUUUAAGAGAGGAGGGCUGUUGGAACAAAGUUAGGGGAUGUAGAAAGAUUUUCAUUGUUGAUGCUGCAUUUCCAUUCAUAUCAUAUGUUACGAUCACAUACAUGUUUUAAUGGCUAGCUAGUAAUUAAUAUUAUGAUUAUUAUUGUCAUCAUCAAUGUUGCUGGAUCGUUAGGUUAGCGGAGUGAAAUAAUCGAGCUUGUAUGUUAGUCUAUGUAUAUCCCUCUUAUGUGAAUCACAUGGCAGAAGUGGUGUUUGAUUCUACACACCGUGCCCGAUGUGCCGAUGAAGCUGCUUGUAAAGACCUAAUUAGUCAAAUUUGCUAUUAUGAUGGAGAGGGAUUGCUUCUACUUAGAAGAGAUUAAAGGAUUUGACACACAGAUGCGAGGCUCGCCGAGCAUCUCCAUAGCCACGAAGCAGGACAAGAGAGGGAAUCACACAUUGAACUCCUAAGCACAUUUCACGACCUUCGAAAAAUGCUCUUGCAUAUACUUGAAUCAUUGAAUAACAAAAUGCUAAAUCGAAC